UGAAAACACUGCUGGAGAAGUACACGGCCGAGCCCAUCGACGACUCAUCUGAGGAGUUCGUGAAUUUUGCAGCUAUCUUAGAGCAGAUACUCAGCCACCGUUUCAAAGGUGGGCCCAGGCUUCUGUCACCCACCGCCUAGCCCUUCCAACUUCCAGCUCUUAACGUCCAGCCACCCCACUCUGAUAUACUCACGGCUUUCUGAACCCCACACUGACUCUGGCCCCAAUCGUGGGCCCUACACAGAAGCUCAUGUGUAGAGCUAGGAGGAGGGAGGGGUCUUCCGGGCACACACAGUGGAUGCCCACCAGCCCCAUUGAUGGGUGUCAGCUUUUUGCUGGUGUGCCCUCUGAAUGCAUGCAUGUGUGUGCACACGUUUGGGGUGGGCACUAUGCAUGUGCAUGGGAACCUAUACGUAGGCAUGUGUGUGCUCCAUUACAUGGCCCCUCUCCAAACUCCCUGGCCUUGCUGAGCCCCCCUCCCUGCCCUGGCUCAGCCUGUGCCCCAGCAGGUCCGGUGAGCUGGUUCAGCUCAGAUGGGCAGCGGGGCUUCUGGGACUACAUCCGACUAGCCUGCAGCAAAGUGCCCAACAACUGCGUGAGCAGCAUCGAGAACAUGGAGAACAUCAGCACAGCCCGAGCCAAGGGCCGGGCCUGGAUCCGGGUGGCACUGAUGGAGAAGCGCAUGUCAGAAUAUAUCACCACGGCUCUACGGGACACCCGGACCACCAGACGAUUCUAUGACUCCGGAGCCAUCAUGCUGCGGGAGGAAGCCACCGUCCUCACAGGGAUGCUGAUAGGACUGAGCGCCAUAGACUUCAGCUUCUGCCUAAAGGGGGAAGUGCUGGACGGGAAGACCCCUGUGGUCAUCGAUUACACGCCCUACCUGAAGUUCACCCAGAGCUACGACUACCUGACGGACGAGGAGGAGCGGCACAGCGCCGAGAGCAGCACGAGCGAGGACAACUCGCCCGAGCACCCAUACCUGCCGCUCGUCACCGACGAGGACAGCUGGUACAGCAAGUGGCACAAAAUGGAGCAGAAGUUUCGCAUCGUUUACGCGCAGAAGGGCUACCUGGAGGAGCUGGUGCGCCUGCGCGAGUCGCAGCUGAAGGACCUGGAGGCGGAGAACCGGCGGCUGCAGCUGCAGCUAGAGGAGGCGGCGGCGCAGAACCAGCGCGAAAAGCGGGAGUUGGAGGGCGUGAUCCUGGAGCUGCAGGAGCAGCUGACAGGUCUGAUCCCCGGUGACCACGCCCCCCUGACCCAAGGCUCCAAGGAGCUCACCACACCCCUGGUCAACCAAUGGCCGUCACUAGGAACGCUCAGUGGGGCCGAGGGUGCCCACAACCCUAAGCUCUAUCGUAGACACAGCUUCAUGAGCACGGAGCCACUGUCAGCCGAGGCCAGUCUGAGCUCAGACUCCCAGCGCCUGGGAGACUGCAAGCGAGAUGAGGAGCCCUGGGGUCCCAUUGGAAGCUCAGAGCCAAAUUAGUGGCUCCCUUCAAGCGAAUGUUCAGGACUGCAACGCAUGCAUUUUGUGUUGACCUCACCCCAAGCUUCAUCUUGGUUUUCCUCAUCCUAGCUCUCCCUUGCCUGGAUUUCCUGUUUUUUCUUUUUAUAAGCCACACUGUAUUGGAUAACCCUAGACCUUUUGAGACAAGGCAGGCCAUGGACAUGUAACAAUCCACCACACUGUUUGUGAUUGUCUGUGUGUCUGUCUCCCCCACCAGACUGUGAGCUCCGUGAGGGCAGGGACUCGUCUUGUCCAUUCUCUGUAUCCCCAGUGCUUGGAACAGAGCAAGUGCUCACUGUGUACUUAAUAAAUGGACAGAGAGAGGCUGAACCUCUGGGGGAGACAGAGACAUAAGCUGACGAUUACAAUACAGUGUCCCCUGUGCCUAGCACUGGGCAUGGCACCAGGGGGUGCUUAAUCAAGGUUAACUGAAAAGAGCAAACGCUCGCUCCAGAAGAGGUCAAGAAAGUCCCCUGGGAGGUAACCUAAGGGUUGUCCCUUCACUGCCCAAUCCCUGUGCACGCCCCACCCCACUGACACACAUGCAGCUCCGUUGGCCGGCCUCACCCACCCUCUCUUCCCAGGGAAGGACCCCACGCCCUCCAUGCUGGGCCUCUGCGGCUCCCUGGCCUCCAUCCCCAGCUGCAAGUCCCUGGCAAGCUUCAAAUCCAACG